UCCCUGGCAUCCUCAGAGCAGCCUGGACUUCAGCACCAUGGAGAGCUCCCGCAGGACCCUGCUCACCCUCCUCAGCUCCACACUCCUCCUCCUAGUGCUCAGAGGCAGCUGUGAGGAGACAGACUACCUGGAGAGCAGGUCCCUGGACUUCUACCCCCCCAUAGACAACAACAUCCAUGAGAAGGAGCUGAUUGAUGCUUUGCAGGAGGUCUUAGAAAAACUGAAAAGUAAAAGGCUUCCGAUAUUUGAGAAGAAAUAUGGACAAGUGCCCAUGUGUGAUGCGGGAGAGCAGUGCGCUGUUAGGAAAGGAGCGCGGAUCGGGAGGCUGUGUGACUGCCCGCGAAGGACCUCCUGCAAUUCCUUUCUCCUGAAGUGCUUAUGAGUGGGGUCUGAAGAUGAGGGGUCUUUCCAUCUGAUGUUAGAGAGACAGGAAGCGGAUUUUUACAUGACGUAUUUUUUUUAUUCCUGUUCUAGCUCUUACGUGCAUAGCUAUAAAGUAUAUUUAUACUUCUGUCAGCUGUCCCUGUACUUUAUGAUUUUCUACAUGAUAAUUCCAUAAAUAUAUUUAUAGCAUGUAAUUGUUGUGUAAUAAAGGGUUUUAG